ACAACCCGAGCCGCCCAAUACCAACUUGAAUCACAAUGAAUUUGUCAUAUCAACACAGCCGAAAAGACUUGAUACCAGAUACGUAGCCUCGAGAUGGCAACACCGAACCGUUUCAUCUAGUAUAUUACGUAGAAAACAUCGCACUUGAAUAUCACCUAAUCUUAGAAUCUCGCCUGGAUUCGACUCAACUCAACCCACCCGUAGAAACUUAGCAAUAAUUUUCUGAACAUCCCAGGAAUUUACCAUUCCAAACAAAACCAACAUGUCGAUCACGGGCUCCCUGGUUGGGUACGAGAACAACAACGAAGUAUCGAAGAAGAACCGCUCGCUGCUGAACAUAACCGCCACGUCCAAUGCAUCAUCGAAGCAAUGCCAAAGUCUCAAUUCGAGCAUAGCUAAUAGUGUAACGAUGGGCACCAGCAACCCGUACCGGCACCGGAUGGACAGCGGUGGCGGAUGUGGUACGAAAAAACCCCGGCGUCUCCACCUAAACACCCUGUGGUCGGUUUGGUACGGGCUUUUGAUAACGCUUCUUCAGGGUUAUCUGGUGCUCCAGGGAACGCAUCGUUAUCUCGGCCUGUCCGCACUGACAUGGAAGUACGAAAAACCAACAACCGAACUGGACAUUCAGAUUGUAUUCUGCGGAUUGGUGGUAUUGUUCAUGCCACUGCUCCUGGUGGCUGCCUUGUUUCGCGUAGGGAAUCUAGCUAAUGAUGGAAUUAAGCUGGCUUCCGGUACCCGACUGUGCUCGUCUGCGCCCACCGAUGGACUGGAGGAGGAGGCCUUCGAGGGAACGUUACGGGCACUUUGGAUACACGGUGGACCGACUUCCGCUUUCAUACAUAUCAUCACGGCGAUAUGCCUGCUGCUGCCACGGCUCCUCCUGGAAGCCAAGGUGAUCGAGAAUGGACUGCUUCCGAAAGACGACAUCUGGCGAACCGAUCUGGACUUUGUGGUAACUCACAACGAUCGACUGGUGGUGCUAUCCUUUAUGACCGCUUCCUAUCCGAACACCACCUCGAAGUCAUUCACAAAUGGCGGUGAACUUGGCCAUAAGCUUUACAAAAACGGUGAUUUCGGCGAAAACAAUGACAUGGUGGAAAAAAUUUCCGCCUACGACGACAACGACGACUCAGGAGAGCACGAUUCCGAUGAAGAUGACGACCCAUUCCGUACCCACGCAGCAAUGGAAAUGGAAAAGAUCGAACACUCGUCCAUUUCCAUCUCGACCAUGGAGAAUUUCAACGUAUUCGAUCAUCCUACCACCAUACAUACACUACCUCCGAUGCGGAAUUUGCUAACAACCACUACAGCUCCAAGUACCACAACAAUAACCGUUACGACUACCCAACCACCACCCACAACUAGGCCAACUUCUUUGAAAAAGAAUGAUCGAGGCAAGAAUCAUAGCCACAACCGAAAGCACUCAAAUAAAUCACAUACUGGAAAGAAGGAUAAGGCGCACCACCAGAACCAUCAUCACUUGGAAGAUGUUGACACCCGACUGGAGUUGAAACCUCAGAAGGAGUUUGACUUUGAAGAGUUUGACGAACAUGAAAUCGCUACUCUCUUUGAGGUCAAUCACAGCCGGAAGAUACAACCGAGUGGAAAGAGAACUACCUUAGCCACUACGGUAGCUACAACCAGUGGAUACACGUCCACCGUUUCAACCAAACCGUCCCCGAAAACAGCUACGAAGAAAACACCCACCAAAGACAGCAAUACACAUAUCAUUAAACCAGUCAAGCUGCCGGACAAUAUCAUCCCAUCGACGCCGGUCACAACUAAUUCGAAGAUAAUUGAGAUUAAGCCUAGUACCACGGGUGCAACCUCCCGGAGUACGACGAAGAAGAUCAAAAGGUUCUCUUCCGAUAACUACAGUAGUGAAAGCUUGGAAAGUUUGGAGAACAUACCGAGUGUGGAUGAAGAUGAAUUUAUCAUCAAGGAUGAAAAUGGAAUGGAGAUAAGGCCAGCAUUCUUGAUCGGGACCGUGCCAGGAAAUUUAUCGACAAAAACCGUUGAGUUGACUGGGUUCGCCGGGCUCCUGCAGGUGUUCUUUGGAGUGGAUCAACAUUUCAACGUAAAGCGUUGGACAUCUACUCCCAGCAUGGAGUUCAUAAACCUAGCGAUCGCCUUGAUGGCAUGGGCUGUUCGCUACCCAUCGGUCUUCUGGCACACCUCGAAGACAUUUGCGUUCGUCUUCAGCAUGCAGAUGAUUGCUAAUGGGAUAGAUAUUCUGCUGAGUUUUGCUGGGGCUAGUGUACUGUACAAAUUGCAAACCUUGGGACAGGCGCUACCUAUGCAAGCUCCGACGUUGAUUCUGAAUGGAACGGUUACGAUCGCCUUGACAAUCUUGGCAGUUAUCCUAACGAUUGCCUCAUCGAUGGUGCUGUAUCUGUAUGGGCACGGAAAGCUUGCCAUUAAAAUACGUGACCGAAGACUGAUCACGGCCAAGCAAAGUACCGACGUAUGGGCUUACUUUGCCCACUGUUCGUCAUUGUGCUUCGUGCUGGCUCUCGCCGUAGUGAAAGCCCCUCUGCUUCACGAUCUCAGUGCAGCCUACCGGGGAAGUCUGGACGGAGCCGUGCUGGCGGCAGCUCUGGGGUCCGUGAUUCACCUAUUCCUGUGGAUAGUGCUGUGGUUAGGUCUAACGGCAAAGCGACGUUGGAAUUUUAAGCUUCCACCUCUGGAAAUGGUCGGUGCACGCAAUGGAGCUUCGCAGCCAUUACUGCGAGGUGGCACCGGAGGUUCGCUCCUGCGAUCAUCAAGUGGUAAAGGAUCCUCCGGGGAUGGGACCGGGGCCACCAGUAGCGAAGAGGAAACUAUCUAUUGGCCGAAGAUUGCUCCCAAUUCACCCAAGUUGAAAGUAACCUUCAACGAAGUAACCAGUACGUCGUCCGAACAUGCCCAUGGCGAACAUGACGGCAAGCGCCAUCCGUCCAGUGGAACCACGAUACGUUUGUCCAGUAUUACGGGGGAAACUGAUGACGGUGACUACGCCACAUUAAGAGGGCCUCCCGGUGAUCUGUUGCAUUUGAGUACGUUCGAAGAUCAUCCGCCACCUCCUGAGGCACUGCUUGUCAACACCAACGUACACAACGACCAUGCGGAUGAUACCUCCGAAGAGGGAAAACUGCUUGCCUGUGUUCGAGAUGAUAGCGUAACGUAUGCGUCCACUCGAGAUCUGGAACCGCCCAUCACACGAACCAUGUCUCGUGAAACAUUCAUAAGAUCCCCGGAGCAGCUAAGUAGUCCUCUAGCACCAGUCACUGUUACCGUACACAAUCAUGAAAACAUGGCACCCGGUUCAACGCCACGCUGCUUACGCCGUGCUGACUCCGGCAUGCCAACUGAAGCUUUAACGCCCCGAUCCGAUACCACAUCGACGGAAAGCUCAACCUCACCACCGGACUGUAGAGACGCUCCGUCGGAAACCUCCAGCGGAGUACACUCCGGUGAGGAACGCGACGAAGUAGUCAUUCGCCCUCGUUCCGGACCCUACAAGUCAAUCAUCAAGCCACCUCCUCCAGCGAUCCAGGAGGAACCAUUUGGUCGAUCUACAAACAUGAAAAUGUCCAGCUUCAACAAGGACGGUUCCAGUGCUACCCUGCCUCUUACCCGAGGCUCAGCAGAUGGCCACCGCGAUUAUCCUCAGUGCAGCACUAUGCCACUCCCUGCUGGUUACCAUCAACAGCAGCACCACUACCACUCGCAGUCUUCGUUUACUUCGCCGAACUCUUCCUCUCGGCAACAGCUGCUACAGCAGCAUACGACACUCCCGAACGGUGUCCGCUAUCAGUCGAAUCAGUUCCUCAAACGAAUGCCCUACAUCAAAACGGCUGAGUCUCCCUAUGGGCACCUGGGUAUGGGUAGUGGUCACCAUACGUUCUCCAAACUUCUCCACGAUCCCCUGGGAAUGCCAAACAGCUCACCCCCGACGCACUCCCAAUCCAGUCACAGCACCUUUGCAACGGUUACCACUAUACCGGAAGAUCGGGACUCGGCCAACUAUUCUAUGAUUUCAGAUCAGGAUCGGGAAAUGUACAUAACUGCAGGCCAGAUGCAACUGCAAAACUAGGUCCGUUAGUGAAACCGAAAGACAUGCAAAUCAAAACGGUCCACCGGGACCGGGGAAUAAAAGUAUUUUAGCACGGUACGCUAUUCAUUGUAAUUAUGAAUCAUACAUACAACAUAUUAAGCAUAUAAGUGUAGAAAAAUUACCAUUCGAUGCGCCUUCUUUCAAAUUAGUUUUUACAUUUGAUCUAGUUUUAACGAGGAACGUGGAAUCGUGGAUGAACAAAAGUCGCACAACUAAUUUUAGAGAACCUACGAUCGCUUUUUAGUUUCAAUUGAUUAGGUUUGUACAGUGACGAUCUCAAUAUUGUAAAUAUUUGAAUUCUUGAGAUAUUUUAAGCAUUAUCAGAGGCAAUUGAAUCGCUUACAAUAGGAAGAAGGAUCAAUUUCAACUCCAACAGCAGCAUAUAUACAUCUCAGAUGGUAGAGGAAGACUAUUAUAUCAUCACACUAUGCAUCCGGAAAAAAAUAUGCAUCCGCAGCUUUAAUCGAGGCUUCUAAACGUAGGUAUGCUUACAAAGGCAAAAGACAAGCUCAUAGGCGGUGUAACUAAUUGGAGUGCCCGGGUUGAUAAGUUGUUUAAAACAUCGGUUUCUUAUGUUUGGACAAACCCCAAAAAACUUUUAAAAGAAGAAACUGAACUGUUCGAUCGGUCCUUCACUACUCAUAAUCGCAUAUCAGUCCCAUAUUGAUAGGCAAAAGCUCAAAUAUGUGACUGAUAUGCGAUUAAGCACUGAGGCAAAUAGACUUAAGAAUUUCAUAAGACUCGACUUAUGAACGACAAAGAUGAAUUUCAUAAGCGCGACUUAUAAAAGAUUUUCGUCUAACAUAACGCAGCUCUUAUACGCCUUUAGCCUUUCCAUUUUCUUAAGCGUUGCAAGACGAGUGGUCAACACACGAGCUCCGUAAUCUCAACGUCCAGGGUUCGGUUCUAGUCUGCUUCGAUUUACUAUUUUUUUGUCAACAUUAUUUUUCAUAAGGCAAAUCAAUGAAAUUCAUACUGAUUAAUUGUGGCUAAAAUUCAUAAGUGUUUCUUAUGGAAUUUUUACGUUCUUUUUCCUGCAUGUGGGCAGUUCACCUCUUCUUCUUCUUAAUUUAUUUAUUUAUUGUCGUUCCGCAAUCUAGUGCCAAUCAACGACGGACAUCGGAUUGUCAUCCAUCGACGACAAUCCAUUGUACAGGAAGGCAGCUGUACCCAUCAAUACACAUGGACUGGGUUGAACCUAGACCCAUUUGGGGUAAGAAGCAGUUCCACAGUUCCACUCUUUCACCUCGCAUCUAUUUUCAUAUUGCCUAUUUGGCUUUACAAUAUCGACCGAUAACAAAAUGAAUUAACUACUUUCUGUGGGAUUCCUCCAUCUUUACCCGUUUCUUUUCCGUUCAACCUUCGUCGCUUUUUGGUUGAAACCAAUUUAAGGUGAUACGAUCCAGAAGCCCGGGCUCUAGUGCUACUUAGCAUUUUCCAGGGGUCAAUUAUCUGCUACUUGAAAACACACAAUAACAAAACUGCUUCCCAAUGUUUGCUGCGACGCAACAAAUAUGGUGAUGCAAAUUUAAUGGCUGAAAUCGCAAUAAUUGCAAUCGUACCCAAGAUUAACUCCCUAGAAAACUCGAAGUGGCAGUGCAAAAUUUGUGGACGCUGGAUCAUAUCACCUUAAGCCUCACCACAAUUUGCUUUGAUUUAUUUUUAAAUAACUAAUGUUCCACCCAUUUGUUUAAUAUCAGUGAUAAGUGAGGAAUGACAAGUUAGUGAGAGGAGUAAGCCAAGAUAUAUCAUAUUAAUUUUCUUUUUUAAAUUUUUCUGAAAUUUCACUUAUCCACUUUAUAUCACUGCAUUAAUCUCAAUAUUUAUUCCUGAAGCAUAUACAGCCGACAUUCGCUGAUUGGGCUACCACCUCGGCCCAACUAACGAAUUCGAUUCGUUAGUUGUGUCAACUGACAGAAGGCUAAACUUUUUUGGGGGGUAUGCGCAUCCUUGGUUGUGGUUAAGACGAUAUAACAAAAAACAAUACGGAUUGAAGCAUAUUGCAUGGAACUUAGUGGAAAAAGCAAAAUACUGAUGUGCUUAAUAUGUGUUUUUGUUUUCUUCUGGAAUUUCAAAUGAAACUCAAAUGUUUCGAACAAAUACCAUUAAUUUACAUUCAUUACACUGAAUGCGCACCUCAAAACGCAGGAGAAAUUUGUUUGGUUGUCAAAUCUAAUUUGACAUGAGAUUUUGACAUCCAGAUGCUUUUUAAUUAAUCAUGUGAUGUUGUUUUUGACUUCCAUAUCCAGAGGGCCAGUCACUUUCGAAUGUAUGGGAAUGGUACGAAACUAUUUGGAAAUGCAUGAACAUUUUCAGUUUUCAUUCAUUACCGUCUUUAUGGGUAGUUUUAUAUGCACAAAAAUUGCACGAGUACAUUACUAUGGUGAUAAGGUAAACACUCGUUUAUUUGUUUCCUUCUGUGAAAGCAUGUUUAGUCGCAAAUCGUGGAUUUUCUGAUGUUCUCCAUAUAGGCCUUUUUAAUGCACCACCAACUUAGAGUGCGCCACGCGAGUUCGAGAAGAAACGUCAACCAAACCGUUUAUUUACAUCAGAAUAAGUAUUUUCCCCAACGCAAAUUGCAGCAUGUUUCAUUCAAAAUCUUGCCAAUUUCCAUCGGUAAUUGUCUUAUUGUACGAUUUUCCACAAAUCUGAACUUAUUUGCACCUUAACUAUUCACACACAAGAAAUCCGGAAGAUGUAACCCACUAAGGCACUUUUCUAAUUUUCCAUUUUUCUCAACCAAAAUAUUCCUGAACACCAGCAGGAUCUUUACAAAAACGUUACGGAAUUAAAUUUUUCAACUGUAGAUUAAGUUUUGAAGCAUCUCAGAUGAAUCAAUUUAUCAGGAAAAGUAAAAAAGUGUUCCGCUUCCUAUGUCUCAAGGCAAAAAUGUCUACUCACAACACUCUUUUUGACGUUCUCCUAUUCACUAGCAGAGGUUGAAUCGAUCGUUUAGUUUCUAUUAAAAAGGCCUAUUGCAAAAAUGAUUUUCCUACCACUGCAGGGGCGACAUCUCUCGGAUCUUCAGUAUAGCUACUACUCAAAUCAUAUAAUUAAUUGGGUCAUGGCCUAACUAGCGAACACCCAACUAACGAGCACCCCAACUAAAAAGCCCCCAACGAGCGAAUCUCCGCUAUAUUUAGCUUUUACUUACCACACCGCAUUUUUUACAUCUCACUUAUCCUUUUCUCGCUUAAUCACUAAUCACUUCCCGACAACAGUUGAAAAGUCACUGACGAAUUGGCAAAUGAAAGUUACCUCCAGUGGAGAAUAGAAGAACUAUGAAAGUGAUGAUGAUUUCAAAAAUUUCCAUGGGGAGUUAUGUUCUAUAUGUACUUCCACGGUUAUUAUUUAAUUGAGAGCUUUCGAUGACUGUUCCUUUUAUGCAUUAGUAUAAUUGGUACUACAGUGAUAGUACAACCAUACUCUAUUAUGCCCGUGAUGUCGAGAAAUUUUCCAACCCGAAAAAUUACUUAAACUUGGGAUGUCAUCGUCGAGGAUGUGACGAAUGGUUCCGUUUUCAGGCCACAACUGCUAAUCACUUGCCAAAUCAUGGCCUUCUUCGCGAACUUGUCGGUAAACACAAACUUGAAUCUUCCCGGCACAUCCCCACGUCCAAUCGCGAUGUAAAACUUUUGACCGGGAAGCUUCUUAAAAUCGAGUUUGACGUAUGUUUCGUCAUCUAUCAAAGUGCAGUCCUUGUGUUUCGUCAAAACACGGUCGUACAUGCCGCUACUUCAUGUGCCGGUUCGGAUGUUUACUGGCUUUGUACGACUUGUAUCCUUCUCAGGCAAGGAUGUUCCGCACCGUUUGAAAGUUGGCGUUGUACCUUCUGGGCACAUCUCGGAUCGAAAGACCGUGGUUGGCUUUAACGCACUUCAACACCUUGCUGCGCAGCUGACGAUCCCUGGUUCUAGUUUUUUCAUAGGUCUGCUGAUUCCUUUCCACACUCAGGGUUUCCUUGUAGGUUCUGAGCAGUCGACAAACUGUUGUUUUCUGCAUCUUCAGAACUUUAGCCAGUUUGGAACCGGACCACUGCGGAUUUUCCAGGUGUUUGUGUACAAUAUUUUUUCUUCUUUCGAGUUCCAUUUGACGUUAUUUCUGAACUCAAUCGACUACUUUGAUUAAACUAGAACCAGUUGUUCUCUAUAGAAGUGUAAACAAACCACUGUCGAAGAUUUUCGAUUCCCAGCACUAGAGGCGUGCUAGCGGUGCGCAAGGGGCGUACCAAUUUACUUUUAGUCAGCCUUUAGCUCUUCAAAAGCCUGAGAAUUCAGCGUCUGAUCACAAUUCUUUCCACAGUUCUAUUGCGAUCUAUAUGUUAACAUGCCUAAGAUAAUUAUUAGAAAAAAUGAUCCUAUCAAGACUUGACAAACAAUCUGCUUUCAAAUACGCAAUUUGGAUUCCGAAAGAGUAAAGGAGCAAACUUGACAAGCGUUGCUUUCAUCUGAUAUUCAACUGGCUUUUGCGCACAAGGCCCAAUUGGCUUCAGUCUUAAUGAAUAUUAAGGGCGAAUUUGAUUCAGGUUCCAUAGAAAUACUGUCAAAUAAUCUGCACAU